AUGAAUAAUAAAAAUAAAACACACGAAUACUUCAAACGAAACCCUGAGGAUUGGGGUAUUCUCGAAUUUUUAAAUGAAUGCGAAUUGGAGUCGUUUGAUUUGAAAAUAGACUCUUACACUAAAUGCCUCGAAUCAAUAGUUGAGUCUGAGCAAGGCGACAGAUCUGAAAGAGCACAAUUGCUCCUUGACAAAUAUAAAAAGGAAAGUAAAAUACUUUGUUGGAAUGUAGACGGAAAUGCUGAUCCAGCACUGGACCCACUGGGAACAGAUGAGCUUACUAG